UAUAUGGAAAGGGGUGUAAGGAGUGGUGGGAGGUCCCGAGAGGGGGGUGGGCCCGUCUAGGGGCGCAAGGCCUCUUGGGAAAGGGAGGAAAGGCUCUCUGCGUGUGUCACAUACGUGUCGUGUCCUCCCCUCGCGAUGUCACAAUGGGAGGCAGCUGAGCAGAGCCAGGGCCAUCGUGGGUGGGGGUCUCCUUGCGGCUCAACCAUGACCGGCCCCAGUCGCCUCCCUCGGAGACACCACCCUCGGGACCCCCGACCCAAAUCUUGGCGGUCCUAACCAGCAAGAAGGCCAAUGGGCAAGCGCUGCCCAGCCAGGACAUGGCGGACGUCGUCGAGGAGGCAGCGGAGCGGCGGAACGAAGAGGAGACGCAGUCCAUCGACUCGGAGGACAACCUGGUCCCCGGGCGGAGGGCCUCCCUCUCGGACCUGACCAGCCUCGGGGACAUCGAGGGCCUCUCCGUCCGGCAGCUGAAGGAGAUCCUGGCCCGCAACUUCGUCAACUACAAGGGCUGCUGCGAGAAGUGGGAGCUGAUGGAGAGGGUCACCCGCCUCUACAAGGAGAAGGACCUCCAGCACCUCGUUUCCGACAUGGAUGACCCGACGGCCCCGCCGCCCAGCGCCCCCUCGCAGCUCCCGCCGUCCGCGGAGGAGAACCUCUGCAAGAUCUGCAUGGACUCGGCCAUCGACUGCGUCCUCCUGGAGUGCGGCCACAUGGUCACCUGCACCAAGUGCGGGAAGCGCAUGAACGAGUGCCCCAUCUGCCGCCAGUACGUCAUCCGGGCCGUCCACGUCUUCCGGACUUAACGGGGGGGAGGGGGGCCGUCUCGUCGGCCAUCUUGGUCCAGGAAGCGCCCGCGGGGCAAAGGGGCCCCAGAGACUCGGUCGGGGCCGGGUUUCGGGCCCCCGCCUCACUUACCGCAGUGCCUACAGAGCCCAAAAACGCCUCCAUAUUGGAACGGCAGGGACCGAAGGACCCCCUCGGGGGUAUUUCCCCCUUCUCCCCCCCCCCCACCCGAAAUGCCGAGAGAGGCUUGGCGAAUAAAAACAAAAGUGGUCUUAAA